GAAUGGAUGCCCCAUCAUGCAUCGACAGCCUGCGCUGGACAUGUUGGCGCAGUUUGAGAUGGAGGAUCAGGGGGAGGUGGCUCUCUCUGAUGAAGAUCGAAGUUGGUGGCAGAAGCAUUUUCCUGAACUACCACUUCCAGUUCUCCAGCACAUGGCUGGUCAAAGUCAAGAACCUACAGCUCCGCCCUGGAAUCGAAGGUUGCGACGGGCCCACAUGACUGGAAAGGGUGUCAUUGUUCACCUUUUCAGUGGAGCUGAUGCCAAGAAAUGGAAUGAUGUUGGUGGAGGCCGCUACUCAUGGUUGUGCAUCGACGCUGAGAUCAAUGCAGCCCUGAACCUCCACAACCCGUCAGUUUGGAGUUACUUGUGGAAGCUGGCAUCACUUGGCCGCAUUGUUGCUGUCAUUGGAGGUCCUCCAUGCAGAACUGUAAGCCGCCUUCGAAAUAAGGCUCCUGGCCCUCGUCGACUACGUGGCCGAGGAGAAGAUCGUUGGCGCCUUCCUGAUUUGGACGAUGAUGAGCAGCGCUUGGCCCACGGCGACACUGCACUUUGCAUGAAGCAUCUUGGUCUUUGGCUACGUGCUCAAGAACGCCGUCGUGUUCCCAUGGAUGUUGGAAUGUUGCUGGAAUCUCCACGUGACCCAGCUGAAUACUUGAGUGAUGAAGAAGGAGCUCGAAGCGACGUUUGGGCCAUCAACGGAGGACCCACCACAGUCUUGACCAACCUCCCUGCCUUCGAAGAACUACAUGGUCUCCAGGGUGAAGGUUGUGAUGAUAGUCCACUACCCACCAAGCUGGCAGAUCGCAUUCGCACUUCAAAGUCUUGGGCCGCUUGGGCGGCUUGUGGCUGCUAUCAAGGAAUCGCUGCGAAG